CACACUUCACCAAGAUUCACCAUGCUCAUUAAAGAGUACCGCAUCCCCAUGCCCAUGAGUGUGGAGGAGUAUCGCAUCGCCCAGCUCUACAUGAUCCAGAAAAAGAGCAGAGAGGAGAGCUGCGGUGAAGGUAGUGGUGUGGAGAUCCUCGAGAACAAGCCUUACACAGAUGGACCAGGUGGGACGGGUCAGUACACCCACAAAGUCUACCAUAUUGGCAUGCACAUUCCCAGCUGGUUCCGCUCCAUCCUGCCCAAAGCAGCACUGCGGGUUGAAGAGGAAUCCUGGAAUGCCUACCCUUACACCCGAACCAGAUACACUUGUCCCUUCGUAGAGAAGUUCUCCAUUGAUAUUGAGACCUACUACAAACCCGACACAGGCAAUCAAGCAGACGUCUUUAACUUGUCCACAGCAGACAAGAGACAGAGGACAAUUGACCCGAUCGACAUAGUGGCAGAUCCCAUCCCCCCACAUGAGUACAAGGCAGAGGAAGACCCAAGGCUUUACAAGUCGGUCAAGACUCAGAGGGGCCCCCUGCGAGAUGACUGGAUAGAGGAAUACAACAACAACCCAGGAAAGACGCCCAUCAUGUGUGCCUACAAACUUUGUAAGGUGGAGUUCCGUUACUGGGGCAUGCAGUCCAAGAUUGAACGCUUCAUUCAUGAUGUCGGACUCAGGAAGGUAAUGGUGCGUGCCCACCGGCAGGCCUGGUGCUGGCAGGAUGAGUGGUACGGUCUGACCAUCGAGGACAUCAGGCAGCUGGAGCUAGAAACCCAGCUGGCCUUGGCCAGGAAGAUGGCCCAGUUUUGUCAGGCCGAGGAGGCCGCCGAAGCCAACGGUGGCGCUCCGUCUCCGGACAAAGACCAGGAGGUUAAAGAGGCCAUCAGCUCUAUUGAAGCAGAGGAAGUGGUUGCCAGAACAGGAGUAGAAACCCUUCAACCGCGAGGUGUACUCACCAAGCAGUGGUCCACCUCGUCUCGAUCGUCCCGCUCAUCUAAGAGAGGAGUGAGCCCGUCACGUCACAGCAUCUCGGAGUGGAGGAUGCAGAGCAUAGCGCGGGACUCGGAGGACAGCUCGGACGAGGAGUUUUUCGACGCUCACGAGGACCUCUCAGAUGGUGAAGAGGUUUUCCCAAAAGAAAUAGCCAAGUGGAACUCAAAUGACCUCAUGGACAAGAUUGAAGCCGCAGACACGGAGGAAACUCCUGAUGAAACCUUUAAGGAAAUGGUCGUAGAUUAUGAAAGAUCAGCGAGUGAAGACAGACUAGAUGAGGAGAGCUCGUCCCAGCGGUGCCUGCAGCCGUCCAAGAUUCACGUGCUGAUCCUGGUCCUGCACGGAGGGAACAUCCUGGACACGGGCGGCGGGGACCAGAACAGCAAGCAGGCCGACGUCAACACGAUAAGCACGGCUUUUGACACGGUCAUGCGCGUUCACUACCCCGCCGCGCUGGGACGCAUCGCCAUCCGCUUGGUGCCCUGCCCUGCCAUCUGCGCCGAGGCCUUCUCUCUGGUGUCCAACUUGAGCCCUUAUAGCUAUGAUGAAGGCUGCCUGUCCAGCAGUCAGGACCACAUCCCGCUUGCAGCUCUGCCUCUUCUGGCCACCUCAUCUCCGCAGUACCAGGAAGCCGUGGCCACUGUUAUCAUUCGAGCCAACCAGGUGUACGCCGACUUUAUUAAGUCUCUGGACGGGGCCGCCUUCUCUGGCCAGGUAUGCCUGAUUGGAGACUGCGUGGGAGGAAUUUUAGGGUUUGAUGCCCUGUGCAACAGCUGUCCCACAGUCAAUGAAAGCCAAAACAGCAGCCGAAGGGGCAGCGUCAUCAGUGUGCAGGACCAGGACCUCCUCUCUCCUGGCAUCAUCAUAAACUGCGGACCUGGCUCAUCAUCCCCAACGUUGGAAGGCAGCCGCCACCUGAGUCGCAGUAACAUUGAUAUUCCUCGCACCAGUUCAGGCGACGAGACCAAGAGACAGCUGCCGCGCAAGAGAAGUGACUCCUCUACCUACGAACUGGACACCAUUAAACAGCACCAGGCUUUUUUGUCCAGUUUGCAUUCUAGCGUCUUGCGGAAUGACACCACCUCCCGCAGAUCGAGCAGCAGCACCAUGUUGGAUGGAUCCUCCCUGGGGAAAUUUGACUUUGAGGUGUCCGAUUUUUUCCUUUUUGGCUCUCCGCUGGGCUUGGUACUGGCCCUGAGGAAGACCGUCAUUCCAAUGUUGGAUGUGGCCCAGCUGAGGCCUGCGUGUCAGCAGGUCUACAACUUGUUCCACCCAGCUGAUCCCUCGGCCUCCCGUCUGGAGCCUCUGCUGGAGCGGAAGUUUCACCUUCUCCCUCCCUUCAGCGUACCCCGUUAUCAACGAUUUCCCCUGGGGGACGGAAACUCCGCCCUGCUGGUGGAGACAGUCCAGAGCAACGCUCAGCUGCUACUUGAUAGCGGACCCCCCCUGUCCUUCCGCUGUCAGGAGACCAUCAGUGAGACCUGCAUUCCUGUUCCUGUGCUAAACUGGCAGGAGAGCUCCCUCAAAGCCACACCCGUCGCUGUGGAGUCGGAUGUUGUUCAGUCUCAUGGUGGUGUCUUCAUGGACAGUUCGUACCCCUCAUCCCCUAUAACGGGCCCCCUCUCCCGGGGCCAACGGAGGGCCAGUGAGGUCAGCAUUGCCAGCCAGGUCUCAGGAAUGGCAGACAGUUUCACUGCCACCAACAUAGCCAACACCAAGUCAGAGCAGAUUAACCAAACCAGAAUGUCCAGUCUUUUGUCCCAACUUGCCCUAACGUCACAAAACAAAUUCUUCCUGAAAAGUCCUCCUAAGGCCCGUAAGAAAGCAGCGGCGGGCCAGGCUGCAGAUUCUCCCGAUGCAGAUCUAGUUAUGGAGCUGGAUGUUGAGGCAGACUCUAGCGACAGUCUAAGUCCCACCUCGCAGUACGCGAACAUCCCGUCAGCCGGGCUGGAUUCUGCUAUAUGUGAUCUGGUCUCUCUGGACUCCCAAGCUGAAGUUGAGCAAGUUGCAGCACGUUGGUGGGGUACAAAGCGGCUGGACUUUGCCCUGUACUGCCCCGACGCUCUGACUGCUUUCCCCACCGUUGCUUUGCCGCAUCUCUUUCACGCGUCCUACUGGGAAUCCACUGAUGUGGUGUCUUUUCUCCUGAGGCAGGUCAUGCGGCACGAAAACUCCAGCAUUCUGGAGCUCGAUGGGAAAGAAGUGUCUGAAUUUACUCCCUCUAAACCGCGAGAGAAGUGGCUCCGUAAGAGGACUCAUGUCAAGAUCAGGAACGUGACGGCCAACCACCGUGUGAACGACGCCGUGUUCACUGAAGGCGACUCGCAGGUCAUAACGGGUCGCUUCAUGUACGGACCUCUGGACAUGGUGACUUUGGCCGGGGAGAAGGUCGACCUCCACAUCAUGACGCAGCCUCCCUCAGGAGAAUGGGUGUACUUCAGCACAGAGGUGACGAACAGCAGCGGUCGGGUGUCUUUUAACGUCUCCGAGGACAAGCGCCUGGGCAUCGGAGUCUAUCCUGUGAAAAUGGUCGUCAGAGGUGACCACACAUUUGCAGACAGCUACCUGACCGUCGUUCCACGUGGCACAGAGUUUGUAGUGUUCAGCAUCGACGGUUCGUUUGCUGCCAGCGUGUCCAUCAUGGGCAGCGACCCUAAAGUGCGAGCAGGAGCCGUGGACGUCGUCAGACACUGGCAGGAUUUAGGCUACUUGAUCAUUUACGUGACSGGACGUCCAGACAUGCAGAAGCAGCGGGUGGUGGCCUGGUUGUCUCAGCACAACUUCCCGCACGGCAUCGUCUCCUUCUGCGACGGCCUGGUCCACGACCCGCUCAGACACAAGGCUAACUUCCUCAAGACUCUGACAGAGGCAAAUAUGAAGAUUUUUGCUGGAUAUGGGUCAACCAAAGAUAUCUCUGUCUACACCUCAAUUGGCCUUCCUCCUUCUCAAAUCUUCAUCGUCGGCAGACCCUCCAAGAAGAUGCAGAGCCAGUGUCAGUUCAUCAUCGAGGGAUAUGCAGCUCACCUGUCCCAGCUGGAGUACAACCACCGUUCUCGGCCAGCCAAGUCCAGCAGCGCCCGCAUGGUCCUCCGCAAGGGAAGCUUUGGCUUAGGAGCCAACAGCGACUUCCUGAGAAAAAGGAACCACCUGCUGCGCACCAUCUCCUCCCAGCCGGCCCCCAGCUCCCCGACAGGCAACGUCCACAACAAACCCGAGCGCACGCAGAGCCAGUCGGACAGCGAGCGGCUGGAGCGCGAGCGGCUGGAGCGGUUCCAUGUCCACGGCCAGGGAGCGGCUCAGCGCAGCAUGAGCAUCACGGCCAGCUGCUGGGGCCGCAGCAGCAGCACCAAGCUGGAACCUGGUGUUUUUAGCCCAAAGCGAGACUUUUAARGACUCAACAAAGGCGGCGCAGAAAAGACGUGGAGAAACUGCAGGUUCGCACCGCCGCAAAGAAAUCUGGUGCUACAAAGCGCUACUUAUGAAGUGAACACCAGUCUCAUUUAACCCAUAUAUUUAAGGWCAGGCUCAUGUCAAAACAGACAUUUCAAGAACCGUCCCUUUGCUCCAAACUAUGUACGCAACUAGAAAAGAAAUCCUACUGUAGAGAUCCAGACUGUUUUUUUUUUCCUGUUCAGUGAGUAUUUUACAGUCUUGAAUAUAAGGUCAACACUGUAGAGACGGUUACGCAUUAUUCACCUCCCUGCAGUAACCUGCAGUUCACAAGAAAAGGUGUUGAAUAAUAUUACAGUUCAAGCACAACAAUACAAAUUUGAGAGUCAGAUGAUAUUAGACAGAGUGCUUAUUUCCUUCCUUCCUCUGUUUUGUUUUAAACCAAAAGAGUGAUUGUCAUUUAUCAACCAUUCAGAAAAGAAAUUUGUAAAACAAAUUCUCUAAAAUUUACCAACAGCAAAGACAAGCUAUUCAGUUUUAAAAGUCAAGAUUUUCAGGACGUUUUCAGCUCCGAGACACACAGACUCUGCUGUGUAUCACACGAAGCRAAGUCUGAACUGACCCUUUAACUAUUACUGCAGCUGAAACUGUUUUUUGUUGUUGUUAAAUAGCAUUUUACCACCUACUGUAUGACUCAACCAUAAGGUAAACUAUGACUGUACAGUUUAGGUGCCAAAGUAAACGGUAUAGAUGGAGCCGAGAGGAAACCACUGAGGUCUGGUGUGUAAAAAUGAAAGAGAUUGUGUAAGUAUGUAGUUAAAUGCCCGCCUGAGGCUUGUACAUAAUUAAUAUAUAACAGUGCAGAUCUGGUAUCUGGUCCACUGAAGACUCUUUUAAAGGGUCUUCUAUACUCUGGGGGUGAACACCAACUCAUUCAGGAUAUAUUUUAUUUAUUGACGAUGACACUUGUUGCUAUUUAAUAUUAUAGCUAUCUUAAAAUUCAUUGAUUUUUGUGAACAAAAAAAGUGUUAAAUUACUUUUAUGUUUUUUUCUCAUUGAACUUGAGUUGCGGCAGCCAAAAAAUACAGAAGUUUUUUUUUUUGUUUGUUUGUUUGUUUGCCUGGCACAGUAUUGUAUUUUAAAUUUUAUUUUAUUUUCCAGAUUCACCAGAGUUGUAUCCGAACUUGUGUCAUAUAUUGUAUGUUUGAUAUUAGCCAUUUUGGAAAAUUUGAUAUUUUGGCUUCUUUCUGGUUAUUACUGAGCUGUAAAUGAGGCAUUGAAUGUGCUCUUAAAUAUCCCUCCAUAGGUGACUGUCUCUUUCUUUAUGUUGCGCCUUUUAGAGGACGACUGUGUGCAAAAUGUAAAUUCUGUAUGAUAACGUUGUUGAAAUUAGACCAACAGCUGAGAAUCGCUUUAUGUUAACUGUUAGUUUCUCAAAYUGGUCAAAUUUGAUGAUUUUUUUUUUCACAAUAUUCAAUCGACAGUUAUUUAUCCCUAUAACAGGCACGCUAAAAGCUGACUGCAGUGGACCAAUAUUGGCGAAAUGUAAAAGGGGAAAUGUGCAAUAUUACUCAGCAGCACCACCAGAUCAAACAGGCCACUUAAGGAAACGCCGCUGUGCACUGACAAUCAGUCGAACUGCAGACGUCUACAGGUGCACAUUUCACAAAAUGGAGAUUUCUCACAAUAAAGUGGCACUGACCUAAUGUGUGCAAUCACAGGCUUA